UUCUGUUGCAAGAGUCAACCCACGCGUGCAAACCUGGCUCAGCAGCUCAGCGAAACCGGAAGCGACAACGGGCGGCUGCUCUUCCUCUACGGUUCCCGGUUAUUACCUUCAAGAGACAUGAAAAUGCACAAGUCCCCAACGUGUAAUAUAACUGAGAUCCACUCGCUCUAUGCGAGCUAAGCAGAGCAUCGCAGCCCUUCCUACUGAGCUGGCCCUUUAAAAUUCCAAGUAUGCUCAGCCGGGAUGGCCGUGACAAGCGGGUGCUAUCCAAUUACAGCCAACAGUCGCCAUGAACGGAUUUGUGCGCGACUUAUAGGAAGAAAAGCGGACGGCAGCAACAAGUCCUGCGCGCAGGCGGGCUGCAAAUAAAUCCUCGCUGUGCCGGAAAGUCAGGGUGUGGCAAGGAGAGUGUCUCGGUGUUUCUGGCGCUGAAGAAACUUGAGAGAGUCGAGGCAGUCGGGCUCAGGGGUGGUUGCCCACCUUUCUAUGUUCUGAAAGACGAGGGGAAUGAGGAGUGGAUGGCUAGUCUGAACAUGAGUCUCUGCAGAUAGCUGAGGGCUGGCCUGCAAUAAAGCAAUGUUCAGACAAUUGUGAGAGACCCUUGCCUUCUUUGCCUUAGCAGCCAUGCAGGACUGCCCGCUACUGAUUGGAUGACCAGCAUGUUUCUGGCAGCUGAAGCAUCUUGGCCUGUGCUGCUGUUCUGGUCUCAAGCUCUCUUCUGCCUCCUCUUCUGUGCCCCUUGUGCGUGUUGUACCUCCUGCCCAGACCAGUGUCAGUGCACCAACUACUCAGGAGCCACAGCUGUUCUGUGCAGCGCUAGCAACCUGGAAGAAAUCCCAAAGGAUAUCCCCAAAGACACCAUGUUUUUGAAACUGGAUGCCAACAAGAUCACCUCCGUCCCCAACAGCACAUUCAGGCACCUUGCCCACUUACAAGAGAUAGACCUCUCCAAAAAUGCCAUUGAGAAGAUCGAUUCUGCAGCAUUCAAAGGAGUUGCUGAUGGCCUGAGACUGCUUGAUCUCUCUGGCAAUCACAUACAGAGAAUCCCAAAGGAAGCCCUGGUCAACUUGAAUGCCAUGAUUCGCCUGUCCAACAACCCUUGGCACUGUGAAUGUACUCUGCAAGAAGUCUUGUGGGAAGUAAAGCUGGAUCCUGAGUCAGUCAAUGAGAUCACCUGCCAGACAUCAGUGCAGGAGGAAUAUGCUGGAAAACCUCUGCUCCAUAUCCUUGAUUCAGGCAUCAACUUUUGCAACAUGCACCAGAAAACCACCGACGUUGCCAUGUUUGUUACCAUGUUCAGCUGGUUUACUUUAGUCAUUAGUUAUGUGGUGUACUAUGUUCGGCACAACCAAGAGGACACAAAGAAGCACCUGGAGUACCUGAAAUCACUGCCUAGCACAAGGGUUCCUAAAGAGACCAUCAGCACUAUCCUGUAGCCAGAAACGGCUGAUCCUUGGGCUGGACAUCCAGUUUUCUAAAGAAGAAUGUUGGAUGGACUCUGUACCUUUUAUUUCCAAGUAGUCUUUCAACAAGUUUUUGAAAAUAAACUGUUUAAUAACAAAACUUUUUUGUUGCUAUAUAGGAAGAAAGUCCAAACCAAGGUUUCCCAUCUUCAGUGCCACAUUUCCAGCAAAGAGAUUCCAGCAGAAACUAGAGAGAACUCUGUAAAGCGAUCUGCUUUCCAGAAGAACAUUUGGACCAUGGACAGUUGAUUGUGGACACUAUUUGUUUACAAUCAAUACUUGAUUUGGUGGGAAAGACCCCACAACCCCACAGUGUCUAGAUUUUGGUGGCUCCAAAAAUGCUGUUGAUCUCAAUGGCAAGUAUGUACACAGUAGACUUUUGCUUGAUUCUCUGAGGAGAUUCUCUGAGGACUCUCUCAGUUUUCAGAACCACACAAAGUCCUCCCUCCCAAAUCCAUACAUUUUACAAGCACACACACACACAUUUAUGUAAUUGAGCAGGAAUUAUGUAUGACGUGUGUGUGUUGCAAAGCCAAAGAGGGCAUGUGUUUCCCUUGGGCUUACCCACUACAUGGCAGUUGGAGUUUGCACCUCUUCACUCUCAGUUGGGUUACUAACCUAUUUUCAUUGUGACUACUCUUAAAGUGGGCAUCGAAAAGAUCCUGAGAGGACCAUUUUUAUCUUAAGCAUAUUUUAUGUAAUGAGCAAGCCUGAGCAGGUUUUUUUUCCUGGGAGAGGGGGAGGAAGCGUGGGACUGAAAAAUACUUAUUUUUGAAUAUGCCUAUUUCUCAUAUUGUAAACCCAGCCCAUUCCUCAAGAUGAGCCCUAUGAUGUAGCUGAUUCAGUAAGACUGAAAAGUUGGGUAUGAACUCAUGUUUUUAAAGGCCACAUGGCAGUGAGAAGUCCCUAUGCCUAAUGCAUCUUUCUAGCUGAAAAAAAUUCCUAGGUGACUGCUCAUUUGCUGAAAAGAUAAAAAAUGGAAAAGGACUACCUUCAAGUCAAUCCCGACUUAUGGCUACCCUGUGAAUAGGGUUUUCAUGGUAAGCGGUAUUCAGAGGGGGCUUACCAUUGCCUCCCUCUGAGGCUAGUCCUCCCCAGCUGGCCAGGGCCUGCUCAGCUUGCCACAGCUGCACAAGCCAGCCCCUUUCUUGUCUGCAACUGCCAGCUGGGGGGCAACUGGGCUCCUUGGGACUAUGCAGCUUGCCCACGGCUGCACAGGUGGCAGGGCACGUAACCCCUGAGCCACUCACUGUGGGGGUGAUCUUUAGCUGGCCUUUGAUCCCCAGGAGACAUAAGCGGGGAUUUGAACGCAUAGACUCUGGACUCCGAGCCAGGCUCUCCUCCCCACUGUGCUAUACCAGCUGUUGAAAAAAUAAAGGUAAGGAAAUAAAAUGCGAAGUGAUUCCUAACACUGGAAUUCCUAACACUCAGCUGCCACAGUUUUCCAAUCUUCAGUGUCAUUUUUUGAAAAAUGGGUACAGCUGCAUUUCCCCCCACCUCAUUUGAUGGCAUUUGGAUGAGACUCGUGUUUCUAUAGUACACGUGAUCCAAUUUAAUAGUGCUGACAAUUAAUAGCAAAAACAAACAAUGCCAAAUGAACAAGAUCUCAGGGCCUUUUUCAUCUGAUCAGUUAAUGCAUAUUUGCUCGUCAUCUGCUGUGUGGGAUGCACAUGUGUUCCCCUGAAGUUGGCAUAUGGGUUGCUCAACCCAAUAAACAAAACUGUUGUACUGUGUUACUGAGAAAACAUGCGUCAUCCCUCUAUUCGCACACGUUGCUAUUGUGAGGCCACUGUAGAAUGUACUACAGACAGCUAGUGGCUAUGACAUAACUAGUGAUGCAUUUUACAAAUGCCUGCAACAUUUUGUGAACUUAAAAUUUGAUAGGUAUGUACUCUAUUGUAUUGCCACAGUACUGGGGUGCGCAUCCUGUGCUACUUUAAAAGGCAGGAAUGCUAUCCUUUUGCUCUUCUGUUUCAGGAACUGAUGAUAAUGAUUAUGUCUAUAAAGAUUUUUGGGUGCUGUACAAAGAUUAAAACACAGUGCAGUCCCUGUUUGCAGGCAGGCAUGAUAUAUAAAGGAAAAGAGAUCAGCGAAGAACAAGAAAACAAGCAAAUUUGUGCACUAAUUCUUUCAGAAGCUUCAUAAAUGUUUAAUGACCAAAUGGAGAGGCCAUUAAAAGAAAUGGUUCCGUGAAAGGAGGAGCCAACUUGCAGUUGGUCUUAGCCAAGCUGAUGAAGUGGGCAUCUUUUACUGGAUUUUAUUUGUAUGUUUAGUUUACUUGCUGGGUGUGACUUACCCCUUUGUGCAAAUCUAGCACUCCCACAGUACAUUUUUUUAAAAGUUGUGAACAAAAGCGAUACCCUUUCAUUGGUAAGAUUACCUGCAUCCAUUAAGCAUAAGGAUGAAGUAUUAUGUUGUUGAUGCUGGAGCAAAGGUAAUGCAACCACUAUGGAUAAAAUCUGGGGGGGUGUGUGGUUUUUAUUGUAAAAGCCAGUCAUAAACAUGUUGA